AUGGGGUUUGACAGCAAACAAAAAAAGCGCAAGGCCGCAAAACCCGCCGUCUCCCCAAUCACAAAAAGGACAAAAGUCGAUGCGGUCGAAAAAAAGAAGCCUGAGACGGCCGCGCCCAUUGCCGCCACUAAUCCCGGGAUAAAGCCCGCUCCAACGAGGAUGAAAGCUGUGGAAUUCCUUUCAUCUGAUGAUGAUGACGAAGAAGCCUGGGUGGGGAUUGAAGACGAUAAGGGAAAGAAUAAGAAGGCCACUAAAGUCAAGAAGAACGAGAAUGUAAAGGGGAAGGGAAAGAAGAGUGCUGCUUCUAAGAAGGGGAAGAGGAAGGGGGAGGUUGAGGCUAAAGAGUCUACUCCUGAAUCUGAAAGGAAGAAGAAGGUUGUGACUACUGCUAAGGCCGGGAGUGAUGUCGGUGAUGAUGGUGAGGAAGAGGAGACGAUCUUACUUGAUGUCUCUGGCGGCCCUGAUUCAGAUGAUUCAGAAGUCGAGGAGGCGGAGGAGGAGGUCGAUGAUCGUACGGCGACUUUGCUUAGGGGAUUCGAGAGUAGUGAUGAUGAGGGAGAUGACGAGAGAGAGGCGGAGAAGAGUAACGGAAAGGAGGUUGAUGGUGUCAAAUUUAAAGGGGUGAGGAUUCCUGGGGACAAGAAAACUAGGAAGAAGUUGGGGACUUUGGUGGCAGGGAGAGAAAAGUCAAUCCCUGGUAUCAUCUACCUCGGCCGCAUCCCCCACGGCUUCUACGAGCAGGAGAUGCGCUCCUACUUCUCCCAAUUCGGCGAUAUCACCCGCCUCCGCCUCUCGCGCAACAAGCGCACCGGCAAGAGCAAGCACUAUGCCUUCAUUGAGUUCGCAGACGUCGACGUAGCCAAGAUCGUUGCGGACACAAUGAACAACUACCUCCUCUUCGGCCACAUCCUCAAGUGCAAGAUCGUGCCUAGAGACGACAUCGAGGUUGUCGAGAGGUUGUUUAUCGGCGCCAACAAGCGCUUCAAACCCAGGCCUGGUGCGAAGUUGCAGAAGGCGGAGCUCGAGAAGAAGAGGACGAGGGAGGAGUGGGAGAAGAGGGAGAAGGCUGAGAAUGCGAAGCGGAAGAGGAUUAAUAAGGAAUUGAAGAGUAAAGGAAUUGAAUAUGAGUUUGUUGCUCCAAUGGUUAAGACGCCGGUUAUUGAGGAUGCGCCAAUAGAGGAUGCAGAGGAGGCUGGUGAGGCACCGCCGGUGGAGGAAGUUAAGGUGGUAGAGACUACGGUUGAGGUUGAGAAGGCCAUCACUACUACCACCAAUGAGGCUGUCAAAGAUGUCGAGGAAGUGGGGGAGGCCGUUGAGGAGGCUGAGGUCGAGGAGAAGAAGGUCGCCAAAAGGGCGAAGAAUGCCAGGAAAACAAAGACCAAGAAGUCGACCAAGAAAAAGAAGUCUUCUGUAAAGGUGUAAUCCGCAUGAUAUUUCAAAAUCGAAGUCUUUUAUUUGUAUUUUUUUCUCUUAAAAACGUA